AUGACGACCUUUGAUGUGUUCUGCACACUGGCCAUCAUUGAUGAGCGCGAAGCCGAGCUUGCGGCCGAGGCAGCAAAGAAAACGAACAUCAAAGAUACCAUAGCUAUGACUAUGGUGACUAGCAACACAAACAACAGCAGCAUUGCUAACGCGACUUUCACUCCAGGUGACUCUGCCAAGGGCGCCAAGCUUUUCCAGACUCGCUGCGCUCAGUGCCACACUGUCGAGGCUGGUGGUCCCCACAAGGUCGGCCCCAACCUGAGCGGCCUCUUCGGCCGUAAGACCGGUCAGGCCGACGGCUACGCCUACACCGACGCCAACAAGCAGGCUGGUGUCACCUGGGACGAGAACACUCUGUUCAAGUACCUCGAGAACCCCAAGAAGUUCAUCCCCGGUACCAAGAUGGCCUUCGGUGGUCUGAAGAAGGGCAAGGAACGCAACGACCUCAUCACCUACCUCAAGGAGUCCACCGCUUAA